ACAACUCAAAAGGUAUUAAAAUGGUUUUGUGUGAUUCCAUCUGACCCAUCGACUAGCAAUUGGAAGAGAUGCAUCCAUUUUGCAUUACCAUGCACAACAUUAGCCUGCAAUUUGACUGUAAUCGGAUCGAGUAUUGCAUUUUGUAUAAAGUACAUGUCGGUUGAAAAUUGUUUAUACGCAUUAUUUCAAAUCACGGCGGCUUUGCCAAUGACCAAUGCCAUCAUUGCUACGUAUUGUUUGAGACAACGAAUUACUGCCAUAUUCAAACGAUUAUCGACAAUUUAUGAAACAAUUGUCAGCAAAGAAGCGUUUGAAUUUUUUGUCAAAGCAAACGAAACAAGUGAAUGGAUGUGGAACAUUUGCUUUAAAUUUUAUAUGGGUGGAUUUUUCGCUAACACCAUAUCAAUGACCGUUGGCUCUGUUGCAGUUUGCUGGUAUACGAAAGGCGUCGUUGAUACCAAAUAUCUUCUGCAUGCGUAUAAAUUUAUCUUACCUUUGGAUAUUUCGGCGAAGUAUGCUAUGACCUUCUCGUUACCGAGCCCUAUAUGCUUCUAAACGCUUCGUUGCUGUUGACCUUCAUUUCGAUAUGCUUGCACAAUCAGGCAUUCUAUGGAAUAUUCCAACGUUCAGUAGACGUAUUGAAUCAACUGAACGGAGAUCAAAAUGCCAAAAAUUCCAUCCGCAAUUUGAUUAUUUACCAUAACAUGGUCAAAGAUUGGUUUUUAGAGACCUCGGAUGUAUAUGGCGUUUAUAUUUUGGCUCAGUUGGUAUUCAGUAUGCUGUUUUUGGCGUGCGUCGUGUUCCAAUUGGAUUUGGAGUUUCAACACAUCGACUUCAACAUCCUCACCCUUUUAAUGGCUGCCACGAUUAGUGGAUUGAAUCUGUUCCUUUACUGUUAUUACGGUAAAUUAGCAACUGAAAGUUUUCUGAGCAUGGGUGACUGCCUAUAUGAAUCGAACUGGCAAGACUUACCCAUUCAAUUACAACAGCACUUACGCUUUAUGAUCAAUUAUAUGCAGUUGCCAAUUUAUUAUCGAGGUUGGAAUCUUAAAAUUGCUACUUUGAAUUUGGAAACAUUCAUCACGUUAAUCAAAACGGUGGUAACCAAUUAUAUGAUGUUCAAAACCAUUACAGCUGACUCGACAAAUUCGCAAUUUUGCAAAUAGACUUCUUCACGAAUUUUUUUUU